CUCUGGCGGCGGCAUUCCAGCGGAAACUCCGUCCUCAUCUUGCCCUGUGAUGGGAAAGCUUUCAGCGUACAGGGUGUAAAAAUUAGUGUAAUAUGAAGGUCGAGGCUUUGCUGGAUAGUUUAGUGAUCUAAUAACAGGAUUUAAUCGCGUUAUCGUGGUCUUUGAUUUAAAUGGCUUGAGUCUAAACCAGGUACAUACAAAGACUUUGUAGCUGUGCGAACUCCAGAUUAUCACGUCUCCACUUUACUACCGAACACCCCAGGAAACCCCUGAAGAUGCCGCUCGGACUCGGCCGACGGAAGAAAGCGUCUCCGCUGGUGGAAAACGAGGAAGCCGAGCCGAUCCGCGCCGGGCUCAACGUGGACGGACUGGACGGUGGGCGGGUCGGAAUCGCCGAAGGUGUGACACAGGAAGGUCUUCCUCCUCCGCCCACUAACCUGCGACCUCGUCUCAUUUUCCACACCCAGCUGGCGCACGGCAGCCCCACGGGUCGUAUAGAGGGAUUCGGGAACGUCCGUGAACUCUACGCCAAGAUCGGGGAAGCCUUCGCGAUCCCGCCGGAAGAAGUUAUGUUUUGCACACUGAACACCCACAAAGUGGACAUGGACAAGCUGCUGGGUGGCCAGAUCGGCCUGGAGGACUUUAUCUUCGCUCAUGUGAAAGGUCAGAGGAAAGAAGUGGAGGUGUUCAAAGGCGAGGACGCGCUUGGACUCACGAUCACUGACAAUGGUGCCGGCUACGCGUUUAUUAAGAGAAUAAGGGAAGGCAGCAUCAUCCAUCAGAUCCAAAUCAUCAACGUGGGAGACAUGAUCGAGUCCAUCAACGGUCAGACGCUUAUCGGCUGUCGACACUACGAGGUGGCGAAGAUGCUCAAAGAACUACAGAGGGGGAAAAACUUUGUCUUGAAGCUGGUGGAACCGCUGAAGGCUUUUGAUAUGAUCAGUCAGCGGUCAGGGGGCAGAGCGGGGUCAGGGGUACAGCUGGGUACAGGCAGAGGGACGCUACGACUCAGAUCUAAAGGACCAGCAACAGUGGAGGAACUGCCCUCAGCGUUUGAAGAAAAGGCGAUAUCGAAAGUUGAUGAUCUCCUGGAGAACUACAUGGGAAUACGAGAUAGUGAGCUCGCUGCCACCAUGGUGGAGUUGGGCAAAGACAAGAAGAACCCAGACGAGUUUGCGGAGGCUUUAGACGAGACCCUUGGUGACUUUGCGUUCCCAGACGAGUUUGUGUUUGAUGUCUGGGGUGCGAUCGGUGAUGCGAAGGUCGGUCGGAUUUGAUGGCGAGCACGUGCGAGGGAACAGGACUGAAACAGAGGUGUUUAAGGGAGGUGGUGCUGCCACCCAGGACACUGUUACUACUACAAACUAUAAACUACACCACAGAGUGAGUUUUACACACAAAAACCCUUCAGCUGUCGGCAUUCCGGACAUUCUCUGGGAGCAGGUUUCAUAUUUUAAUGCAAAAUACUGUUAACUGUUGUUCUGACCCCGGUGUAGUGACCUUAACACACUAAUGUGGAACACGAGAGCUGAAAUUUCCCCUUUUGUUUCAGAUAAAUGUUAUGAAAAAUCCCACUCUAAACCUCUCUCUCUCUCUCUCUCUGUCUCUCUCUCUCUCUCUCUCUCUCUCUCUCUCUCUCUCUCUCUCUCUCUCCCCCCCUCUCUCUCUCUCUCUCUCUCUCUGUCUCUCUCUCUGUCUCUCUCUCUGUCUCUCUCUCUCUCUCUCUCUCUCUCUCUCUGUCUCUCUCUCUCUCUCUCUCUCUCUGUCUCUCUCUCUCUCUCUCUCUCUCUCUCUCUCUCCCCCCUCUAUUUCUCUCUCCCACCUCUCUCUUUUUCUCUCCCUCUCUCCCUGCCCCUCUCUCCCUCCCCCCUACUGCCACCUCUCUCUCUCUCUCUCUCUCUCUCUCUCUCUCUCUCUCUCUCUCUCUCUCUCUCUCCCUCUCUCCUUCUUUAUAAAACUGUGACAUUCAUUUUGCACUGUAACACUGUAUGAAUUGCACUUCCAUGCCAUCUUCACCUCCCAGUACACACACACACACACACACACACACACACACACACACACACACACACACACACACACUCCCCCAGUGAAUGCGUGCAGUUCUGGACCACGUUAUAUGAUGUAACACUACAGCGACUCCUUAAAGCAUGUUUUCACUUCCCUUACGUCAUCUUCUUUAUAUGAUGACACCCCCCAUGCAUUUCAUAAGAUAAUCAGGUUUUCAUGAGCUUCUUUUUUUUAUUUAAAAAUACGAUACACUACGAUGUUUAUCGGACGUUAGGCGAAUGCAAGGCUGAUUAACGAACACCGCUAGACAACCGUCUGCUUCCGAACACAGUGAAAUAAUCUUUAUUUGUAUAAAUGUGUAUAAACAUACAAUUGAAAUGCUGUAGGCCGAAUAAGUCGUGACGUCAUUAACGUGAUGGAAUCGGGUCGCUACGGAGUUUCACUCGUUUAAAAGUUUUAGUUAGACAGUAAAAAUCCGAUCAACAUCCAAACAGGUAGCUAACAGUCUGAUUCUUAUUCUCAGUUAAAAUGGACAAAAGUAAGGCUAAAAAAAAUAAAUAUAGAACAUAGAAUAUAAAACAGAUAAAGCUCCGCCCACAUUCCUCAAUAUUGUAUCGCCCACAUUCCUCAAUGGGGCUUUUUACACCUGGUCACUUCAUGUGUUUUCUGUGAUCAGAUAUCUAUCCGAUGGUAAAAAGACCAGGUCUAAAUGCCCUCCGAAACGUUUUGGAGACAGAUAUAAAUCCGAUGGUACAAACCACUUCAGGAGGUGGUCUGGGACGCGUUUCAGAUGAAACUGGACAGGUGUAAAUGAAUGUGGUUGUUCGAGCCACAUACGUCAGCUCUAUACUCCUCCCAAACGGAAGUACGUCACUCGCAGGUGACUCACGAGUCGUGCAUCGUGCCAGAAACAAAUAUGUUUUCCCAUCAGUGCUGUGCUCCGAUCUUUCACCCAGGCGUCUCGUUGGGUCUUAAAAUCCGCUGCUGCCAGCAAAAAUGCAGCAAACAGUAAAUGCUGUUUUUUGUAGCAACCGCAUACACCAAAGUGUGUUACAUGUCAAUUACCCUGGAAAUAAGGUAAAAUAUAUUAGCAUUUUGGGCAGGAGUAGAAAGAUCGGAUCGAUAUCCGAUUUGCCGAGACGCGUUUAUGUGGCCUAAUGUAAAUAGAACAGUUUUAACAAAUCAGAUAGCUAUCAGAUCAGAGAAAACACACGAAGUGACCGGGUGUAAAAAGGCCCUUUAUCGUAUCGCAUGGCGUCAUGUAUCUGAAACCAACACUCUUGGUUUUGGGCUGAAAGAGAACAAAAGGAAAAGGAAGAGAUUAAAUUAAACCUACAACAGUCUAACGUUUUACAAAUAAUGUAAAUGCUGGUGAUUUUUAUUAUUAUUAUUUUUUAUUAUUAUUAUUAUUAUUAUUAUAAAUAUUAUUAAAUAUAUUCAGCUUUUCUGGUCACUGCAGAGAUUCGAGGCUUCAGCAGCGAAACCGUCGGCCUUGCGGAUGUCAGACAGCCGAUUCAGAGCAGGAUGCUUUUAAGAGCGUGUUACGUUCGUGCAUGCGAUCGUCCAACAUUUAACUAACUAUUUAAAAGCAGAAGCGCAUGCUCAAUCAGUCAGUGUAGUAAAAUCCUGCUCACAACCAAAGGAACAACAUAAAAAAAUCUGCAUAAAAAAAAAUCAAGCUGAACUUCGUAGUCUCCGUAGGAACGUGUCGAAUCGAGGAAGCCCGGCAGUGUUAACUUCCUCUUUCCAGAUGGACACAUUUCUCGUUCCCUUUUCAGCCUGUAAGUCUGUGAGAAAGAUCUAAAGUAAUUAAUAAAAACAAACACUGCGGUCUAAUGCCAAACCCAGGAUCAGUAUUAAACUGUUACUUAUACAAUAUUUCAAGUGUAGUAUUGUAUGUUGUCGAAAUAAUAUUUCAGCUAGCUCUAGUUCUGCAAUGUUAGCUGAAAUAAUUCAAGUAUCGAAUGAUGAUGAUGAUGAUGAUGAUGAUGAUGAUGUGGAACAAAAGGUCACUGCCUUUGAAGCGUCCAGCGUUCGUUUUAUUUCAUUUCAUUGUCGAGGUUAAGGACAGACAGAGCUCUUCUUAUCACACUCUUCACAUCAACAUCUCGCUGGGUUUAUAAGUGUUUGUUUUUUGUUGUUGUUUGUUUUUAUAUUAAUGUUUUGCUGUUCAUUUUUAUCGUUCUGUUGUUGACACUGUGUCUUUUUCUCCUUUUCCAGUGUAUUAUAGCUCCUUUUUUUUUUUUUUUUUUUUAAAGAAAAGAUCAAUGCUGUUACAAAAACAAACACUGUUCAUACGUCAAAGUGCAAUCGGAGAGCCGUCCGUCCGUCCGUCCGUCCGUCCGUGCGGCGUGUCUUUAGGAACUGGAAUGUUGCUUCACAUGUUUACUCCUUACACCUAUUUCUCAGCUUCAUUAAAACAAAACAUCUAAUUGCACCA